AUGGCGAGACCUGCGCUCCGGCUGUGUACGUACACCCAGGGAUGCGAGUCCCUCAACAUCGCGAUUGUGGACAACGUCCUGGAACCCCCUUCAUCGAUCGUGAAUAGUCUAAACUAUAGCAAAUUAAGGAAAGUCGUAAAGCUAGGGUUUUUUAGCCUCGUGUGCCAAAAGGGCAUUUUGCCAGAGCGAUUCUUGAAUCACUUCGCUUUGCUUGUGAAGGGUGCCUUCCUGCUGCUCCAGGACAAGAUUACAACUUCCGAUGUAGCCGAGAACACGGACUGUCUGUACCGAUUUGUUGCUGGCGUUCAAUUUUUGUACUUGGAAAAGGAAAUGACGUCGAAUGUGCACCAACUGCUUUACCUCUUAAGGAGCGCGCUACUACAAGGGCCUUUGUAGGCGCAUUCGUGCUUUUAGGCGAGCAUGGGUAGACUGAAGAACUUCGUUACCUCAGCGAAUGGUGUGCCUCAUCAAGUGAUGACGCGAGUAAUGAUGGGGCACAAGGUAAAUGCAUGCAAGACAGCUGCUAGUCCCCAUGUGCGAAAGUUCUUGCAGUGCACCGCAACUAAUCUGGAGCCAGUAGCCCUACUGGGAAAGCCGCGCGUAGUGCAUGAACCACUUCUGGGCCUGGUAAAGAGUCACAACGGAAAGCAAACCCUUGGCACUGUUGUGGAGCACGAGAGAGUCCGGAUUUCUGGACUGGUCUUCCACAGUGAACGGUAUAAGAAGCCAGAGAGAACCGAUUGCACAGCCAUGAGGCUUGGAAACAUCACUGCAAAAGUUCAAAACAUUGUGUCCUUUGAGGAUCCCAAUGGGACCACGAAAGUUCGCGGUCGCAAAGUGUAUGCGACUUCCCCGGAAUUUGGUAGCAAGCAUAUCAUCAAGGUGAACAGAUGCUCGCCCCAGAAGUUGCUAGGGAUAGAUGACAGUGCAAGCUCAUGCAUCUCGAUGAAAUGUCCCACCGGCUUAUUUGUGUGAUCUAGUCAACCGCUUCAAUUCCUCAUAGACUGUUCUUUUCUUUUGUCCGUGUGCGGGCGUGUUUCCCACCAGAGUUUUAAGUCGUGCAAGAAAGUUAAGAGACCGCGUAAUUAUUUAUAUGAUGAACUCGAAGUUUGUUCAUUUCAGAUUGUUUAGAUCAUUACAUGCAAAAAUAAGUUCUUUGUUUGUUCUUAGAAUAGAGUUGAUUUUGGCGAGAAUAAAGUUGGCGGCAGUUAAAAUAUAUUCACUCAAAAUAUGUUUCCUUAUGUAUCUGAAAACAUGCGUUUUAUGCGCACUGCACUUCACGACUGUGUAGCAUACAGCGCAUAUAUAUGCUCGCGUAUCUGCUGUGCUAUUUUUUGCAGAUUUCUUUAUACGUUUUCUACAACCGAUGCACGCGUUCGUGUUAUCAAGUCGGGACGUGCGCCUCUUCUAAAUGUUUGUAUGGCUGUGCGCCGCGUGAAGCAGUAGAAGGCCAGCACGUCGUUCAAAUACGACUGAAUCUCCUUGAUAAGCUUCUCAGAAGGAACAAAAAAAAAAUAAGAAGCAAAAAUAAAAAAGAAAGAUCAAGAGGCGACAAGUGUUGAACUAAUUCUGACUCGCGCAAUCCGAACUAAACAUUGGAAUAACGAUACUUGACGCGACCAAAACCAAUACCGCCAAAAGAGAGCCGCGAUCCACCGGCCAGCUCGGACGCUCGGAGUUGUCCAAAGGGAGGGGGCCCCUUCGGAGCGCUGAGGAACUACUCCCACCGAACAGCCAUCCAUUGCGCCCAGCUAAUUACCUCAGCCGCGCGUCCUUCUGCCUACUAUAUCGCUGCUACACUAGUACAGUGUUCUGUGUAUUCCCUACUCUUCUCCCGCCUGUAGUUCUGCCGUGAUGUUGUCCAUGGAUGUGUUAAUGCAAAUUGUUCCCGUAGCUUUUUUGUCUCUGAUAUGCGAUUGUGUGCAAGUUUUUAUAUGCUGUCGCUUUUGAGAUCGAAUGUUAUGUUUAGUUGAUUUUUCUGUGCAAUAUCGUCGGUGUAGGCUAGUGAAGUAGAGGUCUAUUUACCAGCUCUGUCCCUUCUGGUUGAAAGGGUAUAUUGUCCAAUCAUUGAUUUUAGGGUGACCACCCGUCCCGGGGCUGGCGGGUCUGUCCCGCAUUGAGGGCUUAUGUCCCGCGUCCCGCAAGAAAUUUCUAAAUCUUCAAAAUUUCCCGCAUUACCAUACUGUCGUAAAAUUCACUCUGUAACUCAUGGUGCUGUCGAACAACGGGACGCGGGGAAGCGCGGAGGUCGCUGGUAGUCGGGUGAAUCACAAUGGUAUGUCAUUCUCUAUCCAAGCAAUUGCGGGAAGCGUCCGUCAUUCUUGCAGGAGAUCCGAUGCGCAUGCUCCGUUGUGCCUCUCCCCUUGGUGGCAAAAUAUAUUAAGAAAAAC